ACGAGGGGUUCACGCCACUUUACGCGGGGUCAAACCGCACUCGCGCGGGUGACCAAGGGGGCGUAUGAGAGUUAUUUUAGAGUGCAACGGGGAUUUUAGGAAUACGGUAUUGUUUUCUUGAAGGUGUGCGAUUGCUUUUUAGAUGAUGGGGGAUGGGUUUGCAAAACUUUAACCACUUAAAUGAUUCCUGAGAAAUCACCGCAUGGCCGUCCUAUUUUUCUUUUAUUUGCAAACUUUCUAGAUAUGCAUAAUAUCCCCAAAUGAACUGACAGCAUGUGUUUUAGUGGUAUUUGAAGCAGAUUUAAGGAUGCAUGGAUAGUUGAGUUAUGUGCAAUGCUUUCAGGCGUUAAGUGGUUAACGGUGUCUUGACUUGCGGAUAGGUCUGGCUCGCCCCCCAGUUGCUGCAUUUGUCCCGGGAUGACCUGUUGAUGUCGGGGAAAUGUGCAGAUGAGCCCUCCCUUCCUUUAUAGUCCAAAAUGGAGUACAGUUUAACCACUAAAUAUUGGAUGUAAAUGCAAUGCUUACAUCGCGUGCAUAUAAAUACAAGCCAUGCAUACCAUUGACACGUCUGCAGCUGGGAGAUAAUAAUGCAUGCAUGCACAUCUUUGUUGCGGGAUGAAUCAUAACGAUUUGUGUGUAGAUACAACUGUAACUCAACCCGACAUUUCAUUUUAUAGCAUUGCGUUGGCACCGAAUGGGCGAUCGAGAGGAACGGAUGUGGGCUCCUAAAUAAUUAAUCUUUUGACUAUUUCGGUGACAGCAUUCUUUACGGGUGACUGAGUGGUCACAUAGGAAGUAGCCAAUCGGGUAUUAUUUCUGAUUUUUUGCUCCCCGGGGCCCGUGCCAGCCCGGAGCUCGUGCGGUGCUGGGCAGCGGUGCGGGGCACACACACUAACCGGGUAGAGCAGCCCUGCCGCCGGCACCCACAUCACACAAACACCGAUCCUGUACGUCUGGGCGUUACGAUAUGGCUCAGAUGCUGCAGAUGGCGAUUCCCAACUUUGGCAAUAAUGUUUUAGAGUGUCUUAAUGAACAGAGGCUUCAGGGUCUGUACUGCGAUGUGUCAGUGGUGGUGAAGGGCCACACGUUUAAAGCCCACCGGGCGGUGCUGGCCGCCAGCAGCUCCUACUUUCGAGAUAUGUUCAACUCUGGAAGCAAGAGCUCUGUUGUGGAGUUACCACCAGCGGUUCAACCUCAGAGCUUCCAGCAGAUCCUCUCUUUCUGCUACACCGGUCGACUUAGCAUGAACUUGGGAGAUCAGUUUAUCUUGAUGUACACGGCAGGAUUCUUGCAGAUCCAGCAGAUUAUGGAAAAAGGCACAGAGUUCUUCCUUAAAGUCAGCUCGCCAAGUUGUGACUCGCAGGGUCUCCACGUGGAAGAAGCCCCUUCUUCGGAACCCCAGAGCCCUGUUACGCAAACUGGAAGUGGCUGUUUAGGAGGCGGGGCUGUGGUUGCCACGGCAGCAGCUCGACCCGCCUCCUGCCUCACGCCUCUUCCCCUGGUGUCGAGGGUGAAGACGGAACAGCAUCCGCAGGCUCAGCAGCCCCCACAAGAAGCGUCACCGUAUUCGGUGGUUUGUGCUCCGGUCGCGAAGCGUCUUUGGGAAGGGGGCAGUCGCGAAGGAGGCGGAGGACCUGGAGGAGCCGGAGGGGGAGGCAUGAGGAAAGCAGCCCGUUAUUCGCAGGAGGUGCCACGUGGGGCGAGUGGGACUCUACCACAAAGUGCAGCCUUAUUGGCUGGAAGUGGAACCAGUAACAGCAACAAUAACAACAACAACAACAACAACAACAGUAGCAGCACACCAGAAGGCACCAGCCCGGGAACUCCCAGCAUGUACACCAGUGACUCACCGAUCUCAUACCACGAUGAUGAUGAGGAGGAAGAAAUUACAGAGGAAACAGCAGAGGAGCAGUAUAGACAGAUCUGUAACAUGUACACCAUGUACAGCAUGCUGAAUGUAGGUGCAACAGAUAGACCUUUUGGUUGUCCUGCUUUAGCCAGUGAACGAGUGGAGUCUCUACCAGAUCACCUCACAGUUGAAUCAAGGGGAAGAGGAGUCCGAGUGCGUCAAGAACUUGCCUCUCUUCCCACGGAGCUCAUUGCACAGAUUGGAAAUCGUUGUCAUGUUAAACUCUAUGAAGAAGGUGAUCCUGUUGAGAAACUAGAGCUGGUAACGGGCACCGGUGUCUUUAUUUCACGCGCUCAGCUGAUGAACUGCCACGUUAGCGCGGGCACACGGCACAAAGUAUUGCUCAGACGGCUGCUUGCUGCCUUCUUUGACAGAAGCACUCUUGCGAACAGUUGUGGGACAGGAAUUCGCUCCUCCACAAAUGACCCGAACCGCAAGCCACUGGACAGUCGGGUUCUUCAUUCUGUUAAGUUUUACUGCCAGAACUUCGCUCCUAGUUUCAAAGAAAGCGAAAUGAACGCAAUCGCUGCGGACAUGUGCACCAACGCGCGCCGCGUGGUACGUAAGAGCUGGAUCCCCAAGUUGAAGCUCCUGAUGGCAGAAAACGACGCUUAUGCUAACUUCCUUCCGGACGCUGCCAAAAUGGAGUCUGACGGUUUAGGGGUGGAAAAUGCCUACGAAACGGGAUCGCUUGAGGGUGAAUCCGGGCAGUCAUCUACAGAUACCCUGCAAGGGGUGAGCGGGAAUGGUGGCGGUUUGUUUUAGUGAGUAACGUUUUUAUGGUGACCUUGCAACUUUGAAUAUUCAUUCUCCUCCAUCUCUUCGUCUUAUCACUUUUCUCUGUGUCACCUUGGGCAUUGAUGACAUGCUGGAGAAGAGAAAUGUAUCUGUCUGAAGACUGUUACUGGAAAUCUGCUUCCAAAGCUGGUCAUUUUUAUUUUCGUAGUUUGUUUUAGAGCAUUUGCUUGUACUCUUCGGAGUUCAUACUGUAGAAACACAUUCGCAAAGAUGGGGGACAUUUGUGGUGGACAGGAUGGGAAAUAAUAGUCCAAGAACACUGUCCUGGAUUUGAAUGUAAGGUACUUUGGAGAAAGUUUAUGUUGUUAAGCCUGAGAUUGUAGCCAUCUUUAAAUAUUUAGUAGGUGGAAUAGCCCCAUUUCAUCUUCUUAGACCCUGAGAGAAGUCUUAUAAUCUAAGUUUCAUAUAUUUCACAUUGAUUUUAAUCUUUGACAUGACCUUACUCAGUCAAUAUUAAAGAUAUCAAGGUUAUAUUAUAUAUUUUAUUCAAAAAACAAUAUAUCACAAAAUAUGACUUUGGCUUGGUUUUCAAUGACAGGGUCCCAUUUAUUUUCUUUCAUAUUUUACGUUUUAAUUAGGGAUGCAUGAUAUAUCGGCCGACAUAUCGUUAUCGGCCGAUAACUGCUUAUUUUUAAUAUUAUCGGUUAUCGGUCUGAUAGCAAAAUUAGGCAGAUAAAUGAAAGCCGAUAAAUGAUGGAUUAUUUUGGUUUGUUGAACCACUUCACUUGCUCAUUGCUGGCCAUGUGGAGUUUUGAUUGGUG